UUCCGAUUCUUAGCCCAACUGUUUGCGUAGUAAAAAUCCGGAAUUUCUUUUACCAUUUAUCUGAAGACAAACGAAUUGCAUGAGAUCCGUGGCCUCGAAACGCCAGUCGGCAAAGCAACAGUGCUUACCGCAUUAUAUUAGAGUACACCGAAAAGUGAUGGUGGCAAUGUGUUGAGCUCUGGGGCAAAAGCUCUGAGGAAGCGACCAUUGACAACGAUUUCGUGAGGUGAAAAUCGGCCCAUAAUCGGUUAGGCGGUUCCCGUAUCUGAACAGAUUAGGGAUUCUCUGAGUACUAACUUACGCUCGUUUGCGUCGUAUCAUCAGCAUCAGUGCGAGCAAAUCUCAUCCGCAAGCAAUGUCUCGUGGUCCUGGUCCCAUUCCGGCCCGCUGGCUUCACUGCCCGCGGAAAUCCGAAAAGCUCAUAGCAGGCCUUUUCCUGGCCUUUAAGACACCGCUAAAGCAAGAGUUUCAAUCACAGAUGCCCAUUAAUUGUUACUUCACUCCGUCGAUGUUGUUCGAUCUGAUGAAACGCCACCAGCAACGCAUUGGCAUGUGGAUUGAUCUAACUAACACAAACCGUUUCUACGACAAGAACCAGAUCAUCGACGCUAACUGUCGGUACAUCAAGCUAAAGUGUCGUGGCCACGGCGAAACACCGAGCGUUCAGCAAACGAAAUCAUUCAUUGAGCUUGUGGAAGAGUUCAAACUGGAGAAGCCGUUGGAUAUGAUUGGAGUGCACUGCACGCAUGGCUUCAAUCGGACGGGUUUCUUGAUCGUUUCGUACAUGGUCGAGCGAUUGGACUGUUCCCUGGAUGCGGCCUUGAGUGUAUUCGCUGAUGCUCGUCCGCCGGGCAUCUACAAGGCUGAUUACAUUAAGGAGCUGUACGCUCGAUACGGAGAUGAUGAAAAUGUUCCGCUGCCACCGGAACUUCCAGACUGGUGCUUGGAGUAUGAUGACGGAGAUCGACAGAACCAUCAAGACGAGGAUGAUGAUGGCUUCGAUGAAGAGAAUAGCAACGGCAAAGGAUCGAAGCGAAAGCAUGAUUCCGAAAACGGCCAAGAAGGUCCCAGUCUCAAGCGUAAGCGAGUUUCGUACAACUCAAAUGCGGUCUUCAUGGACGGUGUGCCGAAGGUGUCGCUAGUAACAGAUGAACCAUUAAUCUUGAAACUUCAAGCCCGAGUCCGCACGAUGUGUGGUAGCAAGCUGCAGGGCUUUACGGGCGCUCAGCCCGUCUCGAUGGACAUGAACAAUAUACGCUACCUCACCGAGAUGCCCUACCGGGUGUCGUGGAAAGCGGACGGAACGCGCUAUAUGAUGUUGAUACACCGCGAAGGGGAGAUCUAUUUCUUCGAUCGUGACAAUUCGGUGUUCGCGGUGGAGAAUCUCCGGUUUCCGUCACGCUUGGACCUGAAGCAGCACAUCACGGACACGCUAGUGGAUGGUGAGAUGGUGAUUGACGUACAGGGGCAGCAGCGCCACCCUCGCUACCUGGUGUACGAUAUAAUAUAUCUCAAUGACCGCGAAGUGCGUAAGCAACGGUUCCAUCCGGAGCGGAUAUCGUUAAUCAAUCACGAACUAAUUGGACCGCGUAAUCGGGCCAUCGAGCAGGGCUUACUUGACCGCAGCAGGGAACCGUUCAGUGUGCGGUUAAAAAAUUUCUGGGACAUUUCACAAUCACAAGCACUGCUUGGGCCUAAGUUUAAAGAACAGCUGCUCCACGAACCGGACGGGCUUAUUUACCAGCCCUCGCUCGAUCCGUACGAGUCGGGCGUUUGUCCGCGCGUGCUCAAGUGGAAACCGCACCACAUGAACUCGAUCGACUUCCGGCUAGUGAUCAAGGAAGAGACCGGGUAUGGUAUGGUGCCGGGCAAGAAAGGGUUGCUGUACGUUGGCGGAAUGGACCAGAACUAUGGUGAGAUCAAGCUGACUCGCGAACUAAGACAGUUGAACAACAAAAUUAUCGAGUGCAAAUUUGAAAACGGUAAAUGGGUGCUGAUGCGCGAGCGCACGGAUAAAUCGUUCCCGAACAGCUACGAAACGGCCAGAAAUGUGUACGAAAGUAUCCGCAAUCCGGUUACCGAGGAACGGCUGUUGACACUGAUCCAGAAGCAGGCCUUUCGAUCGGAUUCCGAUCGGAUGCCUCCACCACGGCCUCAAUGAGUCGACCGAUCAAGGAGCAAAGUGGAAGGCUUAGUGUAGAGUUUAAAACCGGAGCACAUUGACUUAUGACUGGCAUUGAUAAUAAGAACAAAAUUUUAAAAAUUCCCGUAAACAGUUGCUCAUUUAAGCAAAAGUAAGAAGCAGCUCUACCCUCACAGCAAAAGACACAGUAACCAUAAUGUGUUACCAUGGAUACGAUGGACUACUACACAGCCAGGCAAAUUUGGUUAAUUUACGCUCAAAUUACCCUCAACUUACAGGGUAAAUCAAAGGCAUAUAAGCUGUCGAUAAUUUACCCAUUCGUUCAGUUUGGCAUGUUAACUUCAGUGGUAUGGUGGUAAGAUAUGCUGAUUUUCGCUUAAUUUGCCGUUUAAUUUAUUGGUAAAUUAAGGAAAUCCCAUGCACUGAGCGUACACCGCAAAAUGGCAAAGAAAAAGCUGGUCGAAUGGGUAAAUUAACAGAUCGCAGCCGGACCGGGUAGAUUCGCCCUUGUCUUUCAUGAUAUCUUUCACGGUUGAAGAAUAUUCUUACUCAUUUCACAAUUUCAAUACGUUACAUGUUGGAACACACUGUGUUAAGGCUGGUUAGGUUCAAAACGCUGUAAAGUUGUUUGUUUUAUGUGUGUAGGAAAAGCAGAAUAUCAUGCCGUUCAUUCAAUGUUGCGGAUGUAACCGAUAAUUUAUUAUUAGUUACAACAAAUGUCGUAAAUAGGUGGUUCCAUUUUGAAGCAAACUGCAUUGCAAUGCAUAUAGUGAAGGAAUAAUUACGAAGACCAUUUAAAUCUUGUAAUUGUGUAAAAUGCGUAAAAUGUGUAAAGAAUUGAAAGACAUGUUUUGUUAAAAUAGAAACAUUUGGGAGAAAAUUCCACAUCUAAAUAGUGAAAUUAAUUGAAUAAUAAAACCAAGAA